AUGACCUGUUUUCAAGUGGCGCUAAUGCUUCUGACUGUAUACUUGUCUGCUGUGCAAGGACACCGCCUCUGUCACCCUACUAAUGCCACCAUCUCUGCUGAGAAAGAAGGCUGUCCUUCCUGCAUGACCCUCACCACCUCCAUCUGCAGUGGAUAUUGCCAAACAAGGGAGCCUGUAUACAAGAGUGCCCUUUCCUCAGUUUACCAACAUGUCUGUACCUAUAAGGAGAUUCGUUAUGACACCAUCAAACUCCCUGACUGUCAGCAAGGCAUUGAUCCAUUUUUCACCUAUCCAGUGGCAGUGAGUUGUGAGUGUAACCUGUGCAAGAUGGACUACAGCGACUGUACAGUGCAGAGCAUUGGACCAGACUUCUGUUCCAGCGGUCUUAUAUCACAGUUUCAGCUAAUUAACUGA